AUGAACGAAGACAAGGAAUUUCAAAAGAAAGUAUAAGUAGCUGUAGAUUCUUAUUUGGGAAAGAGAGAUAAGCAGUCAUAAAUGGUUGAAUAGAUUUAGAAUGUUAUAGAAAGGGAGUAAUUGAUUGAUUAAGUCCAAAAAUUACUUGUGGAAUUGAUUACCAAAUUGACAGAGCGUUUUAUAUCUAAUUUACAAUAGAUGAAGAAUCAAGUUGAGAAUGAGAUUUUGAAAUUGAGACAAACAAUAAGGUCAACACAUUAGAGAACAUAUUCUGCAGUAGAUAAAGAGAAAUUGGAAGAUUAAGUACAAAGAACUUUGAAUAAGCACGAAGUUUAGAUAAAUAUGUUAUUAGAGCAUUAGUAAUUUUAUUUUUGUUCAAUAUUUAGAGCUUAAUUGAAAUAAUUGAGAUCAGAAGCACCAAUAAAUGAGAAGUGGGAAAUAAGUAUUAAAAAGGAUUAGGAAACAUUGAAACAUGAGAUAGAUGAGUAACUAAAAUCAUUCUAGCGAAAUUAUAAUUGUACAUAUCUUUACUUCUAUGAAUUAGAAAAAUAAUAGACAAUAAUGCAAAUUUUAAAUGAUUUAGUUGUAAAGAUAGAGAAAAUAGAAGUGUAAUAGUAACAAUAAUAAUCACGAUUGUCAAUAAUUGGUUCGGAUAAGAAGUAAAAGUGA